AUGGAUCAGGCUCUAGGAUUAGGCCUGAACGGCGUGAACCUCGCCCUCACACACCAUGAUAAGGUCAUCGAUCCCCUUCACCGCAGAUACAAGAAGAUGCGUGGCGACGUCCCUCAACCUGAUCCUGAUCUCUACGACAGAAGAACCAUGGAAGAGAAGGGCCUCGUCCUACGCCGUCGGCGCGAUGUUGCCUCGGACGAAGAGAUUGUGGAAGUGGUGAGGCACAAAGGGGACAUUCUACCCCGACGGCCUGGUCGGUCUGAGCAACGACAAAGAGCCACCUCUAUGCACACCGGUCGGGACAUUGGUGCAGGCGCCGCCGCAGGUGCUGGUGCAGGUGCGCUGAUUGCCCACCGCGACCGAGAUCGCCAUCGAGACGAUUACUAUGAAUCGGAAGGUUCUGUGCCUCCACGAUCUCGUGUACGGGCAAAAUCCUCUUCUGGUCGCUCCCGUCGCCGUCGGAGCUCCUCUUCCUCUUCCUCGUCGCUGCUCUCUUCCACCGAAGAAGAGAAGAACAUUCGCAAGAUGCAGCGCAAAAAAUGGCUCACCGCCGCCCUCGCAAGUGUGGCCACGAUACACGCCGCCUCCAAGGUCUAUUCCUCCAUCGAGUCGCACGACAAACGAAUGGAGAAAGUUCGCGAAGGCAAAAUGUCUCCAGAAGAAGCCCACAAACAACAACGCGCUUCCCGGUGGCAGGAUGCUGCGGCCAUUGGGAUUGCGGCAUUGGGUCUCAAAGGUGCGGUGAGCGAGUGGAAUGAACUGUCCGAGGAGCACAACCAACACAAGGAGCUGCUCUCACAGAAAGAAGAACACCACAAAAGGCGUAUGGAGCGCGAGCGACGCCGGCGGGCAAGGGAACGGGGAGGUUACUACAAGGGAAGAGACGGCAACUGGUACUACGACGGGCCUGAGCCACAGAGCAGUGAAAGUUACCGUGGAAGCCGUUCUGGUGCUGGGGCAGGAGGCCAUUACGACGACGACCGCGCAAUCAGAGACUCGAAUCGCGCCAGAAAAAUGUACGAGGAAGAUGGAGAUUUUGAUGAUAUCGAUAGCAGGAGAUCCAAGUCUCGGCAUGCGGUGAGUCGCAGUCGUGCCGGCGACUAA